AGAGUGAAAGAGAUGCGGGCCAUGUUGCUUUGACGUUUGUGCGUCCGCCAUUAUUCCUGAUUUACGCCAAUGAAAAUGACUGCAGAAUGUGCUCCCAAAAUUGAAAGUUAUGGAUGGUGCCGCACACGUGUCCAUUUCCGCCGACAAAACAAAUGAUCUUUCUGUGGAUGAACAGUCGCCAUGAAUGAUCAAACUCUUAAUUUUGGGAAAAAAAUGGACGUACACUUUACACUGUAUAUUAGGUUUAAUCAUUCUUUUACUCCUCCAUUGUGGUGAUGGUGUGCAAUCCAGGCCAAAGAAAACUUUCAAGGCUUCGAUUGAGUAUAUCCUUAGCGAAGCAUCGACGGGAUAAAUCUUUUAUCUAUAUAUAGAGAGAGAGAGAAUAUACGCUUUUGUGUAUUAAGUUUGCUGCUGACGAGUGUGUGGAUUCAGCAAUGGAGAGGUACGAGAUAGUUAAGGAUAUUGGGGCAGGUAAUUUUGGAGUUGCAAAGCUUAUGCGCGAUAAGAAGACUGGAGAACUCGUUGCAGUCAAGUUUAUUGAACGAGGCGAAAAGAUUGAUGAAAAUGUGAUGAGGGAAAUUAUCAAUCAUAGAUCUCUGCGUCAUACCAAUAUAGUUCGCUUCAAGGAGGUAGUGCUCACUCCGACCCAUUUGGCAAUACUCAUGGAGUAUGCUGCUGGCGGGGAACUUUUUGAACGGAUUUGCAAUGCAGGUCGUUUCAGCGAGGACGAGGCCAGAUAUUUCUUCCAACAGCUCAUAUCCGGCGUCAGCUAUUGUCAUGCCAUGCAAGUGUGCCACAGGGAUCUUAAGUUGGAGAAUACUUUAUUAGAUGGAGACUCUUCUCCCCAGCUGAAAAUCUGUGACUUCGGCUAUUCCAAGUCUUCUUUGCUGCAUUCCCAGCCAAAAUCAACUGUAGGAACCCCUGCCUACAUCGCUCCAGAAGUUCUAUCCAAAAGGGAAUACGAUGGCAAGAUAGCAGAUGUAUGGUCAUGUGGAGUGACUCUCUAUGUGAUGUUGGUAGGAGCUUAUCCAUUUGAAGAUCCAGAGGAUCCCAGGAACUUCAGAAACACUAUAGGAAGGAUAUUGAGUGUGCAAUAUUCAAUACCAAACUAUGUAUAUGUAACUACAGAAUGUAGACAUCUGCUGUCUAGAAUUUUUGUGGCUAAUCCUGCCAAGAGAAUAACUCUUCCUGAGAUCUGGAAUCAUCCAUGGUUCUUGAAGGACUUGCCUAGAGAAUUAUUGGAAGGAGCAGAGGCAGGGUACCAGUACGAUGAUCCAUUGCACCCACUUCAGAGUGAAGAAGAAAUCAUGAAGAUUUUGGCUGAGGCUAGAAUACCAGGAGAAGCCACGAAAAGCGAGGAGCAGGCUCUUGUUGGUGGCCUUCCAAACUCAGAAGACAUGGAUGCCGAAGGAGAUGCUGAAGAUGAUGAUGUUGAGAGCAGUGGAGAUUUCGUUUGUGCUCUCUAAACAUAUAUUGAAAUGUCCACUUAACAUCUUUUUCUUCAGAAUGUAUAUGUGCACCUCCUACAUACCUGGCUUCAUGAUUAUUAAUCAUUUAAGCUUUGCAAACGUUUUCGUUUUACUAAUGCAUGUUAGCAACA